UUCAAACCGCUAGCGUCGCUAACGCGUCCCACCAAAAAAGAGAAUACCUUCAACGAUCAACGCGCGGAAGUGAUAAUAGAGAAAGGAUCCAUAUUCUUAUACAAUUGUAUCCUUUACAUGCUGUAGGCGUAUACUAAAUAUUAGGAAUACCAGAUUUCAUUUGGAUACAUCACAAAAAAUUAAGUUUAAAAUAAAAGUGAAGAUGCCACACCAUAGACUAUUUAUCCUGGGCCUGCUGCUGCUCUCUAUCCUGCUGCAGCUGCAGUCGAUUCGGGCAGAUGUCGGCUAUCACUACGACAGACCGCGGCCAUCAGCUCCGUCGGCACCCGCCGCCAUCUACUCGAGCCAUCAGUUUAGUGCCCUGCCCACAAUCCAUCCGCUGCCACCGAUUCCGGCGCUGCCGCCACUGCCCACCGCUCGAGUGCCGAUACCCAGGAUUCGACCCACUGCGCCUGCUGCCAACAUUGUGAGCCACUAUCUGUCACCGAAGCCAUCGGGACCCAUUGUUUCCACCUACCUGCCUCCGCAUGUGGCAUCGCCAAUCUCUUCCAUCAGCUUCCAUGGCCAGGAACCCACUCUGAGGCCCGUGUACGGUCCGCCCGGAUUCGGUUUCUCGCAGCCUCUGGUACCCACUGCUUCCACUCCCAUCGUGGUGCCCAGUGGACCUGGACCAGUGUCUGCAGGAGGACCACUGCGUAUACCCUUCGGCAAGCAUGCAUUGAUUUCGCCCGGAGAAUCUUACGUGGCCAAUGGCAGGCAGCUCAAGCAGUACGCCGUCAUCGAGAUCAUCGACAAUGACAUCGACGAGUCGCCGUCUCCGUUCCUAUCGAGCUCCACCUUCUUUGAUCGCUAUGGAGCACAUUUGGGGGCAUCCGCUGGUUCCAACAAUGGCAUUCAGCUGGAUUCGCGGGCCAAUUCCCUACUCCUAGAGCAGCAGUCCCUCUCUAUCCAGCCACGUUCACAGGGCCAGGGUCAGGGCCAGGGAGAUGCCAUCGCAUUGGGAUCCGGAGGUCUUGGCUUCGUGCGCUUGGCCAAUGGCAAUGUCUACCUGGGAUCUGGCUCCUUGGGUUACAUCAGCGGCCAGCAGCGUGUGGCCUCUGUUUUGGAUGCCCGCACUCGAUCAGAUUCCACGCCCGAUGCCCUGCAUUUUGGCCAUGGUCCGUUGGGGGGAGCGGAGAACUUUCUGAGGUUCAAGUAGAGGCUGCUGCGUGUCCAAGGAUUCGCUUCCUUAUUCCCCUUUCGCUGUACAACAUAACACACACACACACACACACACGCGCGCACAUGUAUAAUUAUACAUAUAUGUACAUAUGUAUAUUUUAUUGUAAAUAUGAUUUAAAAGUUCUCCUCCUUUGUUUAGAUUGUAAGUUUGCCGAAGUUAUUUGAGAUUCUUGUACAUUUUUCCUAUGCAAAACAUCGAAACUUGAUCAAAUAAAUACACAUCUGUGGUUAACAAAC